GAAGCAAAGUAAACGCUAAAAUUAAUUUUACAAAGCCCUCGCAAUUCUUGCAUUUACUUUUAAAUUUAUCAAAAAUCUAGAUUCUGCUAGAUCUAUAUUAGUUCAAAUCGAAUAUUUGUCAUGGCAGACAAUCCUAGUGGUGAUCCACUGUCGGAUGCGGAUAGGUUGAGAGAGGACGAGCUAGCUCGAGAGCUGGAGCACAGUGACACCGAUGAAGAAAAUUCUCAAGAAAUAUCUCUAGAAAUAGAGGAGAAGCUGCUUAAAGAUGAACCUGAAUAUACAACAUUAGUAAAUUAUGAAGAGAGCAUACAAAGUGCAAAUAAACCAGACAAUGAAAUUGUUGAGACAUAUUCUGACAACUCACAAAGUGUGGAAACAAUCCACAGAGCCGACGAGCUGGGUAACAUCUAUCUGGACAGCUCGGAAACGUUCAUAAACCCACAGGUUGAUGAUAGCAUAACAGAUCCUGCUGAGACCUUUGAUUCCUACAUGUCAGAAUACAGAUUUGAAAAUGAAAAUCAAAUAAUUGAUAACACCACAUUGCAAACAAAUGAAGCGAGGAAUGAAACAAGUGAACCAGACGAGUUAAAAGAUAGUAUAGUGUUGCCAGAUAUGAAUGAGUUCCAGCAAAAUGAAGGAAAUUAUGACUCGCAAACGGCCGAAGACAUGCUCAUGAGUGAGCGAGAAAGGGAGAAGAAAAGCAAGAAGGAGUUAGAGGAAGAAGAAAGAGAAAAGAUGCAGGUACUAGUGUCAAACUUUACUGAAGAGCAACUGGACCGAUAUGAGAUGUACAGAAGAGCUGCCUUCCCUAAAGCUGCAGUCAAGCGGCUGAUGCAGACCAUCACGGGCUGCUCCGUCGGCCAGAAUGUUGUCAUUGCUAUGUCUGGUAUAGCAAAAGUAUUUGUUGGAGAGGUGGUAGAAGAAGCCCUGGAAGUAUUGGAGAAGUCCGGGGAAGCGGGCCCGCUGCAGCCCAAGCACCUGCGGGAGGCGCUGCGCCGACUGCGGAUGAGGGGAGCCAUUCCCUCACGGAAGGUACACCGGAGUAUGUUCAGGUCGUAAUGUAUUAUUCUUGUAAGUAAACAAUAUCUAGAGAAAAUGGGGUUGGCAACUGUCAAAGGUUGUAGAUGGCGCCAUCAUAGGUUGCCCUUCAUUCUAUGAGAUUUGGCUUAAAAGGCUGGCAUAAAAUUCCAUUAAUAAAAACAAAUUUGACACAAUUCUAGGGAUUGACAGGGCAAGCUAUGCUGGCGCCAUCUGCUUAAUACUUCGACCGUCUGACCCCAUUACGUAUGUAUACUCAAAAUCAAAGUUAGAAAAAUAAUAAUAGAUAGUUCAAGUUAUAUCUAAGGGUUCCUCUACACGAUGGGCCAACGCCGGCUACUCCAAGGGAGCAAGUGAUAUUGCUAUCUCAUUCUACCGCAUGGCUGCGUCCCUUGGAGUGGCCGGCGCUGGCCCAUCGUGUAGAGUAGAGGAGCCAUAAAGGAAUCCACCUGUUCAAAUUGUUGGUCCAAUGUGUAUUUCCGUCUCAUAGUUUGCAAUGAGAGUGAGACACAAUGCACAUUGGACCAAGAAAUUGGACAGGUGGAAUACCACCCUAAUGGAAGAUCUGUCAGGUAUCAAAAUAGCUCUUCUAAUUUAAUUAAUUAAGUGAUGCACAUUAGGGUUAGUGUAUAAUUUAUUCAAGUACAAUAUUUUUGUUGUGCUAAUUACAUGAACUUAUUUAUUGUCUGUCAUGUCAUGAAAAAAAUUUUAUUCAAUUAAAUUUCGAAUUGAAUGUAAGUACAUAAGUUGACACCUACCCGUAAUUUCUGCAGCAAAAUUAUAUUAACCAUUUAUGUGAAAAAAAAAGCAAUGAACAUUUUGUACAUACCUACUAAUAUAAAGUACUUAUUAAGUAAAAACUUAAUAUAAAAUAAGUAGUACUGCUUAAUUUGUUAAAUUUGAUAAUAAAUCAGAUGAUAAAAAGUAUAA